AUGACUGACGGAGCAGUAGAGGAUGGGCCUUCAUCCUUCAACCAGUCGUCCGUCACAAACGGUUCGACCUGUGUUCCGGUGGACCGCUCGGCCGACAUCUUCUUCAUGGCGGUCCACGGUCUGGUGUUUCUGGUGGGUCUCCCGCUCAACGGCUUCAUCUUGGCGUUUUUCUUUUGCCGAGGUCAUCGGAGAGCGCCCGGCAGCCUCGCGGUCUACCUGAAGAACUUGGCGGUCGCUGACUUCUGGCUCUGCCUCUGUUUACCAUUACGCAUGGCCAACUAUAACAGACGCUACGCCACCAUCCACUUGCUCAACUGCAACCUUGGCGCAUCCGUCCUCUUCCUCAACGUCUACGCCAGCAUCGUGUUCACGGGCUACAUCGCCAUUAUCAGGUAUCUGAAAGUUGUUCAACCUUUAGGAACUCACAUCCUGCAAAGGGUGAUGGCCUCUCAUCUCGUCUCCACGGUAACCUGGGGUUUCCUCCUUGGCGUCACCAGUGCCUUCACGUCGUCGUUCCUUAAACAGAAAUCUUCCCCCUCCUCCAACCUGGUCGAAUGUCAAGGCUUGUCCAGCGUUCUGUAUGAAAUUGUAUACGCCUGCAGCACCAUCCUGUUCCUGACCGUCCUGGUCUUCCUGCUCUUCUGCUACUACAACAUCUCCCGCCGGGUGUCGCUGGCUCAGCGGGGGCAGCCGCCCUCCUCCUGCUCGACGAAGCUCGCAAAGUCACGCCGGAAAAUGUUAGCGCUGGUCAGUGUCUUCUGCUUCUGCUUCGUGCCCUACCACCUGCUUCUUCUUCCCAAACACUAUCUGUGGAGCUGUUCCUGGGGCAAGUUCUUCUACUACGCCACGGAGAUCUCCAUCAUGAUGUCAGUGCUCAACGUCUGCCUGGACCCGCUCAUCUACUUCUACUUGUGCAAGAGGUUCAGGGCCCAGUUUAGGCUGUUUGAAAGCUGAUGAUCUGCUGUUCAUAACAUUUUAAAACCAUAUUAGUAACACAGAUGACGUAAUAAACGAUGCAAAUAAAUGAUGAGAUAGCUGGCAAUUACAUAACGAAUGCAAUGGAAUCACUGUGAAAAAUGUAAGAUUUGAAUAAACGCUAACUGCACAUGAAGUGAUAAUUGUGAUCAAUGGUAAGAAAUGUAAUAACUGCUUCA